AUGGCAUUCACACCCAGGGGUCGCGGCGCUCCUCGUGGCGGCGGUGGCUUCCGAGGCGGCGAUCGCGGUGGACGCGGUGGUGGCCGCGGAGGUGGCAGCUUCCGCGGUGGUGACCGUGGUGGACGUGGAGGUGGCCGUGGAGGUGCUCGCGGACGCGGAGGCCCUGCAAGGGGAGGACGCGGAGGUGGCCGUGGUGGCAAGGCCGGUGCUGCUGGUGGAAAGAAGGUCAUAGUUGAGCCUCACCGUCACAAGGGCGUCUUCGUCGCCCGUGGUGGCAAGGAGGAUCUGCUUGCGACCAUCAACCUUGUCCCUGGCGAGUCCGUCUACGGCGAGAAGCGCAUCGCCGUCGAGAACAGCAACAAGGGCGACGACGACACACCCGCGACCAAGACCGAGUACCGCAUCUGGAACCCCUUCCGCAGCAAGCUGGCAGCUGGUAUCCUUGGUGGUAUGGACAACAUCUUCAUGAAGCCCGGCGCCAAGGUUCUGUACCUGGGUGCUGCUUCCGGUACCUCGGUCUCCCACGUCGCCGACCUUGUCGGUCCCACCGGCAACGUCUACGCUGUCGAGUUCAGCCACAGGUCUGGUCGUGAUUUGAUCAACAUGGCUACCAAGAGGACCAACGUCAUCCCCAUCGUUGAGGAUGCUCGUCACCCGCUCAAGUACCGCAUGGUCGUGCCCAUGGUCGAUUGCAUCUUUGCCGACGUUGCCCAGCCCGACCAGGCCCGUAUCGUUGCCCUGAACGCCAGCUUGUUCCUCAAGAAGGGCGGCGGCACCUGUAUCUCCAUCAAGGCCAACUGUAUUGACAGCACGGCCCCCGCAGAGGAGGUUUUUGCGUCAGAAGUUGAGAAGUUGAGGGCAGAGAAGUUCUUCCCCAAGGAGCAGCUGACACUCGAGCCGUACGAGCGUGAUCACGCCAUGGUUACGGCUGUUUACCAGCAGAGGGAAUUUAUCGAAUGA